AUGGAGAGGUAAGGGACUUCAGUAUUUCUGGCUUAAUUGUUAGGACCUCUAUGAGUUACUUGCUUCCUAACUACAAAAGCCUUACUCUUUGUUCAAUUGGGGGUUCCGGCAGUUGUAAAAUCAGUCAUCUUCCUCAGAAAAGUAUGUGCCUGCAAAGGGGAACCUACUUUAAUAUAUUGGAUAAUCUACUAAAAAUAUUACAAAACGCUCCAUCAACGGAUAUUAGAAGAUCUGAAUUGGUUUUUUUUAUCAGUGUAAGCUGUGAUGAGGUUAAGCAAAGCACCUAUCCAGAUCUGAAGGACAUAUUUGACACAAGAUGGGAUGUCUUGGAAAAGAAGAUAAACCAAUUGGAAUUACAUACCUACAUCUAUUGGGAUAGAGUAAGUCGUCAUCUUACUAUAUAAGGUGGUCAAAGGGUUUCCUUCGAAAGAGACCCCCGAAUCGGGGGUCUCUUUCGAUGUUUGCCGAAAAGGUCAAAAAUAGGGUAAUCGACGGCGUAGAUGCCAAAAAUCGUAUUCGUUUUUGCUGAUUUUGACUUUUUUCUUAACUAGUAGCGCUAAAAAGUAAUUUUUCGAAUUUUUUCUAAAAAUACUCGAUUUAGGAGUAAUCGAUGGUGUUGAUUUCGAAAAUGGUGAUCGUUUUUUCUAUUUUAUUUUACUAUUAUAGUAGUGUUAAAAAAUAAUUUUCGAUGUAUUUCACAUCCCUACUGAAACAUCUUGUUUUUUGUGCACAGCUAGCUCGACUCUCUGGCAAACCUGUUUUAAGAAAAAAGUCAAGAUCAGAAAAAACGAACAUCAUGUUCGAAAUCAGCGGCAGAAAAAACGAAUAUGAUUUUUGUAAUCUACGCCAUCGAUUACCCUUGGGGUCUAUUUCAAAUCCGGGGUUUCUUUCGACUUGCAUGUUGUUGUCACACAUAAAUAUUACGUUAAUAAUCCCUCAGCUCUCAUACACUGGGAUCUGCAAACGUCCGAUUGAUUACGGAUACAAACAAUUUGUUUACAUGUCUUACGCUAGCUGGAAUGGAGACUUGUUUAUACGGGAUGCAAUGUAAGUCACUAACUGUUUUAACAUUGCGCCAAUUUUACAUUACAUAUUUACGAAUAUAAUAAAUUUAGAAACAAAUUUGGUGAUGAAUGGAAUGUAACAAAAAGUAAUGACAAGCAGAAACCAAAGGAGAACGGUAAGAGAUUACGGAAGGGAUAAAGUAAUGGAAAACGUUUAGAAUUCGAUUACAAGGUUUUAUUUGUGAUCGCCGGAGGAGUUUUGGCAUUAGCCAUAAUUGGCACAUUAUUAUUUUUAUUCAAUAGAAUGCGGCGAAAAAAUAAAAUUACGUAAGUUUCCGAUUACAGUAGAUCACUAAUAGUAAUAGGAAGUUUGCAAAGACCCAUCAAACGUCCGCCAAGAGGUAUCACAUAAAGGAAAAUGACAAGUACGAAGUAGAUCAUGAAGAUUUUAAAUUUACGUAUGAUAUUAUGCUCGGAUGUGGGGUUUCUGGAAAGGUUUAUAAAGGAAUUGUGAACAAAUACGAGCCCGAGAGUAAAGAAUUCUCAAAAAUAGAUGUCGCCAUAAAGAUAUGUCAUGUUUUUGCAAAGAACGAAAUGAAGUAAGGCUUUCUCUUUACAUACUUUACACAGGGUGUCUCAAAAAAGGAAUGUUUUUAUGCUAUAUUUUAUUUAACAACUUUAACAAAACUAGCAAUGAAUCAGAAACAUUGAGUUUUAUAACAAAUAAAUUCAAACAGUUUCAAAGGGCACCACGACAUUUCCGGAAUUUGGACACUUCCGGAAUGGCGGAAUAGUGACACUUCCGGAAUGGCGGAACAGUGACACUUCCGGAACCGGGGAAAAAUCAAAGAAGAGGCUUAGACCUGCCAUCUGAACCACCUGACUGGAUUUAUUGUUAUUAAUCUCUAAAAUUUUGUUAUUUUUUUUUUCUGAUUGUUACUUUUUUCUUAAGCAGUAGUGUUAUAAAGUAAUUUUUUGAAAAUUUUCUAAAAAUACUCGAUUUAGGGGUUUUCGAAGGUGCUGAUUUCGAAAAUCAUGUUAGCUUUUCUCUUUAUAGUACUAUCUGGUACUAUACAGUACGAGGUGAAAAUGUGGCUUUUGGCGUUAAUGGUGUUGUUUUGAUGCUUGGUACUCCUCAAAAACACGUUUUAAAUAAUUGGUACUGUUUAGUACUGUCUGGUACUAUGUAGUACAAGGUAAAAAUUUGGCCUUUAGGCGUUAGUGGUGUUGUUCUGUUGCUUAGUACUCCUAUUUUCACCAUGUACUACAUAGUACCAGACAGUACUAAACAGUACCAGUUAUUUAAAACGUGUUUUUGAGGAGUACUAAGCAUCAAAACAACACCAUUAACGCCAAAAGCCAUAUUUUCACCUCGUACUGUAUAGUACCAGAUAGUACUAUAAAGAGAAAAGCUAACAUGAUUUUCGAAAUCAGCACCUUCGAAAACCCCUAAAUCGAAUAUUUUUAGAAAAUUUUCAAAAAAUUACUUUAUAACACUACUGCUUAAGGAAAACUAGUAUAGUUCAGAAAAAAUGAACCCGAUAUUCGAAAUCAGCAACCUUGAAAACCCCUAAAUCGAGUAUUUUUAGAAAAAAAUCGAAAAAUUACUUUUUAAUACUACUACAAUCAGAAAAAAAAAUAACAAAAUUUUUGAGAUUAAUAACAAUAAAUCCAGUCAGAUGGUUCAGAUGGCAGGUCUAAGCCUCUUCUUUGAUUUUUCCCCGGUUCCGGAAGUGUCACUGUUCCGUCAUUCCGGAAGUGUCACUAUUCCGCCAUUCCGGAAGUGUCCAAAUUCCGGAAAUGUCCUGAUGCGUUUCAAAGAGGUUUCCUUUGGUUUCGAAACAAAACAACUCCAAAAUUCCCUUUUUUUGACAUCCAAAACAAACAUGUUAACCAACGGAGAUCUGUAGAAGUUAAAAAAAAAACUUAUUUACCUAGAGCGUCAGAAUCCACGCACAAAAAACAUAAUUUUUCGAGACCCUGUAAAUUUACAUUCAUUUAGAAUGUUAGAAUGUUUCGAAUUCAGAAAAGAUAUGCUCCAUGAGAUCAGUGUGAUGAAGAUCCUAGAUAACCAUCCCAAUAUCAUAAGUCUAGCGGCUUGUGUCAGCGAUUUAAUCAAUCCGAUCAUCGCAACAGAGUAUUGUGAUCAUGGGGAUCUACUGCACAUGUUGAGAGAGCAUCCACGACAUUACAUGGUACGAAUAAAGAAUAUUGUAAAUGACUUUCCAGAGUUGUAAACCAUGUGAGAAGACGGAGACAUGCCUCUCGUUGUCGGAUAUUUAUCGAAUCGGCGCUCAAAUUGCUGAUGGAAUGGUAAGAUUAAUAAAAAUUUUGCCAAAAUUUUAAUUUUCAGUCAUACAUAGCACAAAACAGAUUCGUCCAUAGAGAUCUGGCCGCCCGAAAUGUCCUCAUGGCCGGGAAUAAUGUCCCCAAAAUAGGGGACUUUGGUCUUUGCAUUAGUUACAGUACCAAACCAUCUCCCCGAGAUGCAAUCAAGCUGCCAAUUAGGAGCCUGUCCAUCGAAUCUCUGAAAGAUUAUAUUUUUUGCGAAAGGACUGACGUGUAAGUAAUCGAAACAGAUACAAUAUUGCACAACAGAUGGGCUUACGGAGUUUUAUUCUUUGAAAUCCUAACUGGAGGAGAGAAGCCCUAUUCUGAAAUUGAUAAUACCAAAUUGUUACAAUAUCUGGAAAGCGGAGAACGUCUCAAAUUGCCUGAAGAUGCUCCUAAAGAACUGUAAGUAAAAUUUUCAACAGUUUGAACUUGUAGACGCGACCUUAUCUAUGAAUGCUGGAUGACGGAUUCAAGUGAUCGACCAUCAUUCAGGGUGAUAAGAGGGGAAAUGGAGGGAUUGUUGGAACAUUCUUUGAAAUCAGUUGGAUAA